AUGGCGAAGCGAGGCGAGGACGGCGAGUCGAGCGAUUGCGGUACCCCGAUCGUGCUCGAUGCGCUCGUCAAGCACUGGCCCGCGGUGACGAAGUGGAGAGACGGGGCGUACCUGGACGAAAUCGUCGGCGAUCGCACGGUGCCCGUCGAACUGGGGAAGACGUACGUCGACGACGCGUGGUCGCAGAAACUCAUGACGAUGCGUGAGUUCAUGGACGCGUACGUCGACGGCGACGACGACGAGUCGACUCGACGCGCGAGCGGUGGUGCGGACGUGGGUUACCUCGCCCAGCACGAACUCUUCGAGCAGUGCCCAGAAUUGAAGCGCGACAUCGAGGAACCGCUGUAUUGCGCGCUCGGCACCGGCACCGUGUGCGCGGUCAACGCCUGGUUCGGACCCGCGCACACGGAGUCUCCGGCGCACACUGACCCGCAUCACAACCUACUGUGCCAAGUCAUCGGCGUCAAGCGCGUGCGUCUCUUCGCGCCGAGCGAGACGCCGAAGAUGUACCCGCGCGACGCCCCGAUGAGCAACACCUCCCGCGUCGACGUCAUGCACCCGAACUUGGACGAGUUCCCUCUCUUCGUCGACGUCGAGUUCAUCGACGCGACGCUGUACCCCGGCGACGCCUUGUACAUUCCACCCGGUUGGUGGCACCGCGUCAAAGCCGCCACCGUCUCGUUCAGCGUUUCGUAUUGGUGGGACUGA